AUGUUCUUCGCCAAUGUAGUCGGCAGAAUGAAAGCAAAAUGUGAAGUAAACAUCACUGAAUAUAGAAAUAGCAGCAGAAGCAGCCGCUUGAAAGUUACCUCAAAUUCAACUCCUGAAGCACUGGAAAUGACAAUUUUUGCAACAAAUCAUGAUACAAUAAAAGAUGAAUUUGAUUCAAUGACGCUGGCAUUGAAUCUUGUUGUUGUGAUUGUGAUAAAACAUCAGUAG